AGCGCACACACGCCGUCCAGGUGGGAACAAGCGUCUCCGCCACUGGACGCCAGUGACGUUCUCCAUUUCCUGUUUGCCUGCCAUUCAGGGAUUAGUCUUCAACAUUUGCUUAAGUCUGCUCGCACUGACGUCAUUCUUCAAGUUGGGACGGCUCCAAGGAAGGAGUCUUCAAUAUCCUCCUCAACAUGCUAGCUCAGGGGGGGCCAAACUUUUUCCUCUAGCGGGGGCCACAUAGUGAUAAAUGAAAUGUGAUAGUUCUUUACACAUGGAGAUAUGUUUUAUAUAUAUUUCAAUGCAUCUCCGUUUUGUCAUAUGCAGUCGGUGGGAAAGACAAUUAUUAAGAUCAACUUCACUCACGUUUUUGCGCUUGUUUUUGUAUUUUACCAUUUUUCUCUGAAAUGAUCUUCGUAAAUGUUCUUUUUGGAAUAUGAUGACUUUAUUCCCAUAUCAUAACAUUUUUCCCCAAACAAAUUUUCCAGCUUUAUUUUGUUUUGUUUGCUUGUCAUAAUGUUACAACUUUUUUUUAAAAAAUAACCUAUUUUUGAAAUAUUAUUUAAAAAAGUACGGUUUUUCGUCAUAAUAUUGUGAGUUCAUUCUCAUAAAAUCGUUAGAAAACAACUGAUUUCUCUUAAUAGUUUGACUUUAUUCUCCUAAAAUUACAGCAUUUUUGUUUCAUUUGUGGCGGUGUUGUUUUUUUCAAAUUUCCAUCUAUUUCAACUUUCUUCUUGUCAAUUUUCUUCUCGUAAUUAUGACUUUAUUCCAAUAAUAUUUUGACUUUAUUUCCAUAACAUUAUAAAAAAAAAUCCCAAACCUAUUUUCCAAAAAUGACAACUUUGUUUAGUUUAUUAUUUUACUAUGACUUUUAAAAAUUUACAUUUUUUCUUUAAUAUUUCAACUCUAUGCUACUAAAAUGACAUUAUUUUUCCUCAUAAUAUUCCCAGUUUAUUCUUGUAAAAUUGUGACCUUUUUCUCAUUAGAACACAACUUUUUUCUCUUAAAAUUGUGACUUUAUUGUCUUAAAAUUACAGCUGUUUUUUUUUAUUCCUGCUGUUGUUUUUUUAUUUCCAACUAUUUCAACUUUGUUCUGGCAAAUUUUCUUCCCGUAAUUACAACUUUAUUCCCAUAAUAUUUUGACAUUAUUCUUGUCUACUGUACUACUGUAUUAAUUGUUUUGUUUGUUUCUCAUAAUAUCAUGACUUUUAUUUAACUUUAUGUGACUAAAAUGAAAUUACUUUUCCUCAUAAGAUUAUAACAUCAUUCUCGUAAAAAGAACACUUUGUCUUGUUAGAUUUCAGCUUUUUUCUUUUCAUAUUUUGACUUUAUUCUUGUAACAUUAGUGCAGAUUUUUUUUGUUUGUUUUCUUGUUAAAUUAUAUUUUUAGAAUAUGCUACGGGCCAACAAAAAAACAGGCGCGGACCGCACUUUGGGCACCCGUGUGCUAGCUGAAGCACAUUCACCAGGAUGAUCAGGCUUUCCCAUAUGUUCAUUUAUUUGUGGCGGGCUUUUGUUUUUGUUUUUUUGGGGAAGUUGUUUUUUUUUAGAUUUGGUGCUAUUUUCUCACCCUUGCUCACAAUCGCAUUAUAAAAGUAUUGUUGUCAUUACAACUCUGAGCAGUAGAUGGCAUAAAUUUGGCUUAAAUUUGCCAGCGACAGCCAGCAGCUAGCUUGACAACCGAGAGCAUACGGACAGAUGGUCAUCAAACACGGCGACACGCUUACUCACAGUACAAACCAAAAAAUAAACAGCACAACAUGGAACAGGUAAGUUAACGCACAACAACCAUGAACUAGCAUUCUGUGUGGGUAACAACAAAUACAUGACUUUAACUGUUAUUUAGAAAGUGCCCGCAAGGCAUGCUGGGUUGCGACAACUCCCCUCAACGUUGCAAGACAGUGAGAUACAGUUUUCGAUGUACAAUGGAGGCCACGACACAUCGUGAAUGUUCUUUUUUUUUUCAGUCAUCCAUGCGUGUUAUAAGGAGCCUUAGCUUUAGCAAAAAGCUGAAGGGCGUUCUAAUGGAAGUGUUAGUCAUACUGAGAAGAGUUACUACAUCAUGACAGACAAACAUUUCUUGGAAAGUGGACACAAGUAAUCCAAUAGGCUGAGCUUCAACCCAGUGGGCGGGGCUAAAUGGCAAUGUUAGGUAACCACAUAGUACAAACUUGUACAUGUAUUCCAUGUUUCAUGGCGAAAAUAACGGUAAAAAAACAAGUUUGCUUGGUCUUGAAAGUCCAGUAAGGCAGAAAAAUAACUUUGUAGCUUCUGGGAUUAAUCAUUUCAUCACUCGUUUUUCUUCUAGCACGUUUACAUCCAUGAUAAGCAGCUGUUCAGUCCCUCCACUUAUGAUUACUGAAGACAUUGUUGGUAAUAAAGUGUGUCCAAGUUGUCAGUAAUCUUGACUGAAGGAAAGUCAGAGCUUUUCCAGAGCGAGCAUGCCAGCCUCAGCGCGACAGCGCUCAGAUGAAGCGGCUGCUAACGUAACAAAAAGCUUCACAAGUCCCACAAACGACAUCAAAUAUGUGAAUAAAUAUGAAUAAUAAAACAUUAUGUUACACUGACUGUGGGUCAGCAGGUGUUGACGUCACGUGACACACCAAAAGCCUAAAGCCCGUCGUGACUUUUCACCUCUGCAGUACGGGAACAGACAAGUUCACGUUUGGAUCUGAGAAAGGAGAGUCCAGUAGCGUCCAGUUCAAAUCCCCGUAGGCACAGCUCCUCGCUGUGCUGCUGCAGACAACAAGACGCAGCCAUGAAGAGCGCGCAUAGCUUGCAGAGGUUCAUGAACAGGCGUCCCUCCGCCAACUGUCGCUACCAGCCUACCUGCUACGAGCACGCCGCCAACUGCUACACGCAUGCAUUCCUGAUCGCGCCCGCCUUGGUGGGCAUGGCGCUGCUGCACCGCCUGUCAGACACCCAGUGGCAGCGCAUGACGGCGUGGGUGUACGGCCUGGGCCUGUGCGCCCUCUUCCUGGUCUCCACCGUCUUCCACGUCAUUACCUGGAAGAAAAGUCACAUGAGGGAGGUGGAGCACUGCUUCCACAUGUGCGACAGGGUGGUCAUCUACGUCUUCAUCGCCGCCUCCUACACGCCGUGGCUGAACCUGCGAGAACUGGGCCCCCUCGCUGCUCACAUGCGCUGGUUUGUGUGGCUGAUGGCGGCCGCCGGGACCAUCUACGUCUUCAACUACCAUGAAAAGUACAAAGUGGUGGAGUUGGCCUUCUACUUGACGAUGGGAUUCUUCCCAGCAUCGGUGGUCACCUCCAUGAACAACACGGAGGGUCUUCACGAGCUGGCGUGUGGCGGCCUCAUCUACUGCCUGGGCGUGGUCUUCUUCAAGAGUGACGGCGUCAUCCCCUUCGCCCACGCCAUCUGGCACGUGUUUGUGGCGCUGGCGGCCGCCGUGCACUACUACGCCAUCUGGAAGUACCUUUUCAAGCCCUCCGCCGCCGACGCCCUCCCCCACUCGUGAGCCCCUCAAACGUUUACGACAGCAACUUGUUUACCCUUUUCCUACAUGGACCACUUGUUUUAAAGACACUUUUACACUUUGGACCAAACUUUUGUACCACUUAAUGUCAUUCCACUGCCAGGUAGGAGGAGCCAAGAUGCAGUGAGGGGGGGUUAUCUUUAAAAAACCUCCUGUCACGUUGAGGACAAGGAAGAAAGUCAAAAUCUCCAAGUGUUAGCGGGUCUCAUGUUUGGCUAAACUCAAGAUGGACGCAUGCGGGGGCGGAGCCUAGCCCAUGAUCAACGAACUGGUUUUUUUUAACGAUGUUUUGGUGACCCCUGCUGGUCUUUUGCUGCAUUUCAGGUUGUGUGACGUGAGUGGUGCUGAAAAGAGCCUCAUAAUGACCUCAUGUUUGUCCUCGUGUGCGCAUGCGUGUUCUUGCAGUGAUUUUGUAAACGUUGGCCUUCCCGCCGUCAUCUUUGUGGUGCUACUCGCUCCUCUCAUUGCAACAAUAAAAGGCAAGAA